GAACGAGGUGGCAGUCGUCAGUCGUCGGUGCCACAGUGGUUCAGUGGUCAGCCGUCACUGCUGCGUGUAGUUGACAGUAGAUGCCAACAACCCGCGCGCGAAACACGCUCGCCCGACCAAUGCCGCCGUCCUAUCGCUCGCGCGUCAAAUUAAAGUAAUACCGCGGAUAUAUUUGAGAGCAUCGAAAACAAAUGGGAUAAAAAGGAACACUAUUUAUUGAAUUCAAAGGUCUAUUAAACAGUUUCUAUAUUCAUACUUGCCCAAAGACAGUUCGUGUGAUAUUAGUUUCUAAGUUAGAAUUUUUAGUAUUUGUGUUGUGAACUUUGUGUUUGAUAAUUAUUAAAUGGAGGAGCAAGGAGAAAGCAAGGAGCGGGUGCAGCGCGCGCCCUUCGAGACAGCCCUACAUUACGCUGGUUACGGCACGUUCCAAUGGCUGCUGUUGAUGUCAUGCGGCGCGGUGUACGCGGUGUGCGCGCUCAGCACCACCACCCUCAGCUUCGUGCUGCCCGCCGCCGAGAAUGACUUCCACCUGUCCUCCAGUGACAAGGGCAGGCUCACCGCCACACCACUCAUAGGCAUGUGCGUGGGCUCGUACUUCUGGGGCAACUUGGCAGACGCCCGUGGCCGCAAGAAGGCCAUCAUCGGAGCCCUGCUGCUGGACGCCCUGGCAGCCUUCCUCUCCAGUGUCGUGCAGUCAUUUCCCGCCUUUUUGGCUUGCAGGUUCUUCUCUGGCUUCGGCAUUAUCGGAGCCACGGGGCUCAUCUUCCCGUAUUUUGGGGAUUUCCUCUCGCUGCGGCACAGAGACGUGAUGCUAUGCAGACUGGAAGUGUUUUGGACAAUUGGCACUAUACUUUUGCCGGGCAUCGCCUAUGGCAUCAUCAGGGGCGACACGUUCAACCUGACCGCAGAAGGUGCUGACUUCCAGUACAGCUCAUGGCGGGUGUUCGUGGCGGCGUGCGGCAUCCCCAGCCUGCUGGUGGUGCUGCUCCUCAUACCGUUCCCGGAGAGCCCCCGGUACCUGCUGCAUGCGAACAUGGCUGAGCAAGCGCUGCAGGUGUUGCAAAGAAUCUUCGUCGUCAACACGAAGUUAAAUGAGAAGGACUUUCCUGUGGAAUCAAUGAUCAGCACAGGAGAUGGCGAUGAAGAGGAAGUAGUGUCAGCGGAUAAUAAUGGCAAUGAGACCAAAGCACCCUUGACGUGGAGCCAGCGUUGGCAAGCCUUCUGGAUCCGAAAGAAAAUGCUAGUGACACCGCCCUAUAUAGGACUUCUUGUGCUGUGCUGCUUUGUUGACUUUGGUCUCAUGUUCAGUUACUACACAUUGAUGAUGUGGUUCCCUGAUCUGUUCGAGCGAUUCAGUCAGUUUUCCUCUCUGUACCCUGACGUGUCUGCCGGAGUUUGCGAGGUCUCACUCAAAGUUGCCAACGAAACCAGCAUAUUGGCGAUGAAGCCCGUGACCCUGGAUGACAAUGUGUACACACAUACAUUGGUAGUCGCUCUAAGCUGUCUGCCGACCGCGCUCUGGGUCGGCAUUACCAUCAACAUCGUCGGCAAGAAGCUCAUGCUUGUUAUGAUGCUGAUCAGUUCAGGACUGGCAGCGCUCGGUUUAAACCUGGUGCGCUCCUCGCUCGAGAACUUGAUCCUGUCGUGCGUGUUUGAAGCGAUAGUCAGCUGCACUGAGGCUGUGCUCUUCUGUGUUAUCUGCGAGAUAUUCCCCACCAAAGUUGCGGCGACCGCGAUGGCAGUGACGGUGAUGUGCGGCCGCGUUGGCGCCAUCGUGGGCAACGUGGUAUUCGGCGCGCUCGUCGACCACCACUGCGUCGUGCCCAUAUACAUGUUUGGCACCUUCCUUAUAACGAGUGGGCUACUAUGUAUAAUCCUGCCGAAGAGCACGAGACCGGAGCGGCCGCAGUAACCACUGGAGCGCAUUGUAAUUACUGUUGUAUUUUUAUAUGAUUAAAACUAUUAUAUUACAGACACAAA